GCUGAGGUGUCCAAUCUGCAGUUCUUGAUUUUCUGUCUCACGUCUCCUCUCUCCUGCCCGCAGCACCCUGAGACGCCCCCGGCUGCCGAGCCCUUCGGGCCCUUUGCCAAGAGCCAGCGGCGUGGGGGAGCCCAGGACACCCCCCCCCAUGCCUGGAGAGGGGGCGGCCGAGACCGGGGGGUACCUGAGACCGUGACCAGGAGCGACUCGUUUCUCCCCCUAGACCCUGGCUCCGUGCCCCACAGCGACGCGGGCUGGGUGCUCGUGUUUCAGAGACGGCUGAGCCCCGGGCAGGUCCCCACGAGGGACCCACAGCUAGCAGAGCCCUGGGUCCUGAGACCUGCCCCUGAUCUCCUGGGUCCUGAGACCUGCCCCGCCCUCCCUCGGACACAGCCACGUUUGGAGACAACCCCUCCUCCUGCCGGCGCCCCAUCUCCUGGGUCCCAAGGCCACUGCCCGGGCACCUCCAGCUUUGGCGCCCACCCCGUUCUGAGCUGACGCCCCCUCCCUGCCCCGGCGACCCCCGCGCCCGGCCACCAUGGCGGCCGGCGUGGCCACCUGGCUGCCCUUCGCCCGUGCGGCCGCCGUGGGCUGGCUGCCCUUGGCCAAGAAGCCGAUCCCCAAACCGCCCAGCGACAAGCGGCCCCGGGGCGACGAGAUCCUGGUGGUGAACGUGAGCGGCCGGCGGUUCCAGACCUGGCAGAACACACUGGACCGGUACCCGGACACGCUGCUGGGCAGCUCGGAGAAGGAGUUCUUCUACGACGAGGACAGCCAGGAGUAUUUCUUCGACCGCGACCCGGAGAUCUUCCGCCACGUCUUGAACUUCUACCGCACCGGCCACCUGCACUACCCCCGGCAUGAGUGCAUCCAGGCCUUCGACGAGGAGCUGAGUUUUUACGGCAUCAUCCCGGAGCUGAUCGGGGACUGCUGCCUGGAGGAGUACCGCGACCGCAAGAAGGAGAACGCCGAGCGGCUGGCCGAGGACGAGGAAGCGGAGAGCGCCACCGACCUUUCCUUGCCGCCGGACAGCACCGUCCGGCAGCGGCUGUGGCGGGCCUUCGAGAACCCCCACACCAGCACGGUGGCCUUGGUCUUUUACUACGUCACCGGCUUCUUCAUCGCCGUCUCGGUGAUCGCCAACGUGGUGGAGACCAUCCCCUGCCAGCCGCCGCCCGGCCGGAAGCGCCAGCAGCCCUGCGGCGACCGCUUCCCCUUGGCCUUCUCCUGCAUGGACACGGCCUGCGUCCUCAUCUUCACCGGCGAGUACCUGCUGCGGCUCUUCGCCGCCCCCAGCCGCUGCCGGUUCCUGCGCAGCGUCAUGAGCAUCAUCGACGUGGUGGCCAUCCUGCCCUACUACAUCGGGCUGGUGAUGCCGGAGAACGAGGACGUCAGCGGGGCCUUCGUCACCCUGCGGGUCUUCCGGGUCUUCCGCAUCUUCAAGUUCUCCCGGCACUCGCAGGGCCUGCGGAUCCUGGGCUACACACUCAAGAGCUGCGCCUCGGAGCUCGGCUUCCUCCUCUUCUCCCUGACCAUGGCCAUCAUCAUCUUCGCCACCGUCAUGUUCUACGCCGAGAAAGGGACCCGCAGCACCAACUUCACCAGCAUCCCGGCCGCCUUCUGGUACACCAUCGUCACCAUGACCACGCUGGGGUAUGGGGACAUGGUUCCCAGCACGAUCGCCGGGAAGAUCUUCGGCUCCAUCUGCUCGCUGAGCGGGGUGCUGGUCAUCGCGCUGCCGGUGCCCGUCAUCGUCUCCAACUUCAGCCGCAUCUACCACCAGAACCAGCGGGCGGACAAACGCCGGGCGCAGCAGAAGGUUCGCCUGGCACGGAUCCGACUGGCUAAGAGCACCACGACCAACGCCUUCCUGCACUUCAAGCGGAACGGGGGGCUCCAGGACCUGGGCAGCGCUGCUCAUGCCUUGGCUGUGCGGAAUUGUUCCACCUUCGAGCAGCAGCACCAUCACCUGCUGCACUGCCUGGAGAAGACCACGGUGAGCGGGGGAGUGGGCCGCUCCAGCUUGAACGCCAAGGCCCACGAGAACAUGAUGCUGCACUACGACGGGCUGGACCUGGCGGCCGCUCUCACCAGCAUCCCCACGCCCCCCUCCAACACGCCCGAGAGCCGCCCCCCCUCGCCCCGCGCCCUGCCCAACUCCAGCCUGCCUGCCCCCUACCUGCCCCACCGCAUGGUCAAGAUCUCCUCCUUGUAA